AUGCAUACAUAUGAUAUUACAACAGAAAUUUUAACUCCAAGAUUUUUGGAAGCAUGUAGAAGAGAAGGGUUUCAUGAAAAUGAACUUAUAAAAAAAACUAAAGCUUAAGUUAUUUAAAUGGUAAAAUAAAAAGAUCCAUCUCUUACAGAUGAAUUUAUUUGUGAAAUAGAAAAGCAUUUGGAAGAAAAAAGAAAAUAAAAGAUAGAUUUGGUUAGAGCAUAAAGAUAAAAAAUACUUUAAGAAAAUGGAACAAGAAGUAAGAGUACUCAUAAUUAAUCUUAAUUAAAUUUUAGUUCAAUAAGCUAUGCAGAAAAAUAAUCAAAAAUAUUAGAGAACAUUAAAAGAAGGUAAUAAAUAGAAAUUGAUAAAAUGAUUGAGUAAGAACAACUUAAAGAAUAAUAAGAAAAGGAUAUGCAAUAGAAAUUGCUUAAAUAGCAAUAAAAAGAAUAAUAGUUUUAAGAAGAAUUAAAAAGGAGAAGAGAAUAUAAUGAAAUGAAAAAAUAAUAAUUAGAAAAGGAAAAGCUAAAAAAAGAAUAAAGAGAAAAAGAAAUUUAAGAACAAAAAAUAAAAGAAAAUGAAAUGAAAGAAUAAAAAAGAAAAUAAAGAGAACUUGAAAAUUUAUAAAGAGCUAAAUUAGAAGCAGAAUUCAAAGAGAAAGAUAGAAAAUAAAGGUAGGAUUAAAUUUUAAGAGAAUAAGAAUAAUUUUUAUUAGAAUAAUAAAAAUUAUAGGAAUAAAAAAAAUAAUAAAUAGAAGAAAAAGAAAGAAAAAGAUUAUAAUUAAUUGAAUUUAAGAAUGAAGAGAGAAAGAAAUUUGCAGAUCUAGAGAGAAAAGAAUUUGAAUAAAAAUUAGAGAAAGUUAGAAAAUAUAAUGAUUAAAUUAUGGAGAGAAAAAGACAAGAUUAUUUAAAAAGAGAAGCUUAAGUAGAAGCAAAAAGAAAAGAUUUUGAACAAUUCUUAGAUUAUGUGAAGUAGCAGAAGUAAAAAUAAAAUCUUGAUAAGUAAUAGCAAAUUAAUAAGAUUAUGGUAAAAAAUAGUAUAAUUUUAAGUAAAUGAAUAUUAAUAAGGAGGAAGAAAAGAGAAAAAAAUAUGAGGUUAAGCAAUAAGAAUAUUUAAAAAAGAAGGAAUUAAUGGAUGAGUUUUAAAGAUAGCAAAUGGAAGAAAAGAUUAAGAAAUAUGAAGAGAAAGAAAAAAAAAUAAAAUUAAUAUUAUUUAAUAAUGAAUUUAUGUAAGAAUAAUAGAAGAAUGAAUUGUAAUCAAAAUUGAAUAGAACUCAAUAAAAACUGAACAAUUUGAAUAGUAAAAAAGAAUUUGAAAAUAAAUACAGGUAGAAUUAUAUAGAAUAAGACUAGAAUUACUUAAUAGAUUAUAAAAGAAAUAGAUACAGAAGAUAAUAUAAGAAGAAUGGAAUAAUUAAGUGGAUAUCGUAGAUUGAAAUUAGAAUAGAAGAUGACAAAAGAUGAAGAGAAAUGUUAAUAGAUGAGAAAGGACAGAGAAUUGAUUAGUAAAUAGGCAGACUAAAUAAGAAAGGAAACAGAGGAAAAAAGGAAAAUGUUUAUGUUAGAUUAUGAAAAGAAAAAACGAAUGCAAUCUGAUGGAUUUAGAAAAAUGAAUUCUUCAAUGGGAUAAUGA